AUGAUUUUGAUAGAACAUAACGCGUUAUUGUUGUUUGCAUCUUUUCAUUGCAGUUUGUCUCAUAUUCUGAAAAUGUUGUCCAUCAAAGAUUUGCUAAAAACCAGAGUACUGUCUAAAAGGUGGUGCGAGCUUUGGACUUUAAGGAUAGAUCUCCAUUUUGAUAUCUUCAGUGUGCUUGGAAGCAGUCAGAAGGAACUACUACAAAAGCAGUAUCUCAUUGAUGUCCUUAGUAAUUCGAUUAUAGAACCUGGGUUUUUGUUCUUUAAUGUUCCUCCGGUGGAGAGACUCAUCGAUUUGGAUACGAGUAGAGGCAAGUUUGUUGAACGAGUAGAUCAAUUUGUCAAGAAGUUUCAAGGAAAAGUUAUCGAUUCAUUCCUAGUGAAUUUCUGUUUAGAUGAUAAACAAAGCAACACUGUUGAUCAAUGGAUAAGCUUUGCAGUUGCAAGGAGAGUUGGAAGAAUUGAUCUACUUUUUUUAGGAAGGCCUUAUGCACCACCCAGUUUCACUGCUCAAUGCAACCCUUAUAAAUUUGACUUUGCCUUAUUUUUGGAGACCAGUGCUUCAGCUCUGAACCAUCUGCUUCUUGAAAACUGUCUUAUUUGCCAUCCCAUCAAUUGUGACUUUAUGCCAUUACAAAACUUGAGAUCUCUAUGGCUUGAAGAAGUAAAGCUGGAUGAAUCUUUCAUUGAAAGUCUAUUAUGUAAUUGUCCACAGCUUGGAGAAAUUUGUUUACUUAUCUGUGAGUUUAAUUCAUCAAUGCCGGCGAUAGUAAGUUCAUCCCUAUGUCAUCUCAAGGUCAGAGGGUGCUAUUUCGUAUCCAACCAUAACUAUAAUCGGGGAUUAAACUUGAUUUCACUAGAUUGUCUUAAACUCACUUCAUUGAAGUUAGACUGUCUCGAACUCACUUCUUCCGAGGACGGUUUGGAUACCUUGAACUUUAAUACUCCUAUGCUGAAGAACACCGAAUUCUCCAUUUUGUUGAAACAAGAGCUUAAUACAUUUAUUGCUCUCUCUGCAACUCUUUUUCCUGAACUUGAGACUAUGCAUGUGACCACAUUUUCGAUGGUUAGUCAUAAAGUCAAAACACAACAAGAUUUACUGAAUCUUUUGGGAGCCAUGUACUCUGCCGUGCUUUUUCUUGGCGCAACGAAUUCUUCAGCAGUGCAGCCUGUUGUUUCUAUUGCAAGAACUGUCUUUUAUCGAGAAAGAGCAGCAGGGUUGUAUUCUGCAUUACCCUAUGCAUUUGCUCAGGUGGCAGUUGAGAUGUGA